GCGGAACGUGCUGACCUUUGGUGGAAGAUCGCACAAUCACACACGCUCACGCACACACGCACACGCACACACGCACACUCGCACACACUCUCUCACACUCUCGCACGCUCACGCACUCGCACGCUCACGCACUCACACUCUCUCACAUACUCGCACGCUCACUCAAUCGCACGCUCACUCUCUCUCAUAAUCACACAAGCACACACAUAUGUGGCGGCUGUCGUGGUUGGUGCUGCUGGUUCUUGUGGCGUCGCCACAGCUGGGCGUGCUUGUCGUUGUGCACGGAAACGACGAAGACCAUCAAGAGGCUGCGGCAGACGGCACAGCGCUGCUGGUGGAGGAUGAGUUUGGGGACGUGCACAUGAACACGACGACACAGGGUGCGCGCGUGUUUGUCAACGGCGUCGAUGUGUUGCAGACCAUCGACACGCUCGAGUCGUCCAUUCGCUUCAUGGAGGCCACCCUAACAUGGACGCUGGAGGGUGUGUGUCCGAGCGAUUUCGCCUCCCACCAGCUGGAUCAGGACACCAUCCCCUUUCCAGCAUCACAGCAAGACACGCCGGCCUCCCACGGGCUCUGGUGGGGUGGCGUGGCUGCGAGCAACGGCCUCAUCUACGCAACGCCGUCGCAGUCGGAUUCCGUGCUCAUCAUCGACCCCGCCACUGGCGCCGUGGACGCCACCACCAUCACGGGCCUCACGACCGCCUUGGGGAAGUGGAUUGGCGGGCACGAGUCCAAUGCCACCAGCUUCAUCUACUGCGUGCCGCAAUACGCCACCUCCGUGCUCAUGAUUGACCUGCGCACCAACACCGCCAUCACCACCGCCAUUUCGGGCCUGCCCGUGCACACCGACAAGUGGCGCGGGAGUGCCAUGGCCGAGGACGGGCGCAUCUUCGCAGCGCCGUCGUCGUACUCGGCAAUCCUCAUCAUCGAGCCGGAGUUCAACCGCGUUGACUACACCACCAUGGCAGGGUUUGACGGCACCGUGUUCAACAAGUGGAACGACGCCGUGCUUGCAGGCAACGGCAAGAUCUACUGCAUCCCCGCCAACGCCGACAGCGUGCUCCUCAUCGACCCGGCAACCAACACGUUUGACGCGACGUCCAUCGUGGCGUCUGGCCCAGGGUUCCAGGAGUGGGGAUUCGGCGUACUUGCAGGGAUCAACGGCAAGAUCUAUGGCAUGCCCUACGAUGCAGACAGCGUCCUCAUCAUUGACCCUGCCACGGACACAGUCGACACCACGACAAUGAGCGGUGUUGGGAACACGCCAAACAAGUGGCUAACUGGUGCAAGUGCAGCAAACGGUCUCAUUUACGCCUUUCCAGCAAGCGACGUGUCAUCCGUGCUCAUCGUUGACCCGACGUCAGACACGUUUGACAGCACAUCCGUGUCCUCGCUCCCAAGUGGAAACUUUCAAUUCUCAACCGUGGCCGCACGCAACGGUAAUGUGUAUGGGAUUCCCUUCUUAGCACGCUCCAUUCCCGCCCUCCACACAACAUGCACUCUUUGACUGGUUUAGGCUAGCGAGUGUGUGUGUGUGUGUGUGUGU